AUGCCUCUCGAAGCGGUAAUGAUUGUGGUGGACAACAGCGAGAGCAGUCGCAAUGGAGAUUACAUACCAACCCGCUACGACGCGCAAGCGGACGCUGUUAACAUCAUCUUCCAAAACGUCGUACAAGGCAACCCUGAGUCGUCGGUCGGUCUCAUGAGCAUGGCCGGCAGGGGUCCUGAGGUCCUGGUGACGCUUACAACGGACCAAGGCAAGAUUCUCGAGGGUCUGCACCGGACGAAGAAGAACAUUCGUGGCUCGGCACAGUUGUCAAGGGCUAUCCAGGUGGCGUGGCUUGCUCUCAAGCACCGACAGAACAAGUCCCAGCGGGGUCGUAUCGUCAUUUUUGUUUGCUCGCCCAUCGAGGAAGAGGAAAGCGACCUCGUCAAGCUUGCCAAGAAGAUGAAGAAGAACAACACCAGCGUCGAUUUUGUGCUUUUCGGCGACAUCGAUGACGAGAACCAGAAGAAGCUCGAGGCUUUCAACCGCGAGGUCAAGAGUGGCGAAGGAUCCAACAUGGUCGUCAUCCCACCGAGCAGCAAGCUUCUUAGCGACCAGCUCAUCUCGACACCUAUCCUCCUCGGCGAGGCUGCUGCUGGCGGUAGCGGAGGCGCUGGUGGCGAUGCUGGCGGCGCGGCCAACGAGGACUUCCCCUUCGGCAUCGAUCCAUCCGUCGACCCCGAGCUGGCCCUUGCGUUGAGAAUGAGUAUGGAGGAAGAGAAGGCACGCCAGGAGAAGCGCGCCAAGGAGGAGGCCGAGGCGGCGAAAAAGGCGAGCUUGGAGGACGUCAAGGAAGAGGCUGGCGAGUCGGAACCAUUGCUAGGCAAGGACGGCGAACCGAGCGGCAGCGGCAGCAAAAAGGAUGAUGACAAG